UGUCAUUUCCCUUCUGACACAGAGCAAAGUCGCCCCCAGGUUGCCGAAGCCGGUCUCUUCUCCGGCUCCUCCCGAGCUCCCUGUAGGCCCCCAGUCGGGCCCCGUCCUGGGCCCAUGCCAGCCGGUCCCCAGUGACCUCUGACCCCUGGGCUUCGGUGAGGGCCAGCCCCCGGCCAUGGAGCUAGGCAGCUGCUUUAAGACCUACGAGGACUUCAAGGAGUGUUUCAGCGCCUACAAAAAGGAGACCAGGUGCUCCUUCAUUGUCAGGGACUGCGUCUCCGUCCGCUUCCACAACCUCAACCACGGCACCUCCUUCCGCGAGGACAUCCUAUAUGUGCAGGUGAAAUUUGUCUGUAUUCGGACGCAGUCAAACAGGAAGAGAACACGGAAGGUGGACAGGUGCCCAGCGUACUUGCUCCUUCAGUACAGCGAGACAUUAGAUAGACUGUUUAUCAGUGAACUGAAUACCCAGCACAUACAUGUUGAUUCUAACGCUGCUGGAGGAUCCCCUGCUAGCAAACUGCAGAAGGCCUUAUGUCUGCAUAAACUCCAGCCGGUGCAGCUCAGCAUCAAGAAAGACCUUGAUGCAGAAGAGAAGCCCCUGGUAGAACCAUCAUCCUUCUGCCUAGAGAAGACACACUUGGCCUCACCUCCAGAGCAGAAGGGCAUCAGUCCUUCCGACCUGGCCAAGAUAGCAAAAGUGAUGAAAAACUUCCUUACAGUAGAUGAGGGCUCGAUGGCUUCCUUCAGUGUGGGAACCAGCCAAGACCUGGACCGGCUCAGCUUCCAGAGCAGCAAGAUGAGUGACUUGUUCACCCGAUUCCCAGAGAAUCUCUUGCUACACCGGGUGGAGAACAGCCAGGGCCAUAUUCUGUAUGCUUUCUUGGUGGAGAACAAAGAGCGAGAGAGUCGAGUGGUGCACUUCGCUGUGCUCAAGGCUGAGACAGCCACCUCUGUGGCCAAGAUGCUCAAUAUCUUCACAGAAUUCAACUCUGAUUGGUCUAAGGUCAAGGUGGUCUUUGUGGACCCUUCAUUCCCUCACCAAGCUAUUCUUCAGGAGAUCUUCCCUGCUGCCCGUAUCCUCCUUUCUAUCUACCACACAACUCGACUCUUAGAGAAGAAGUUACAUCAAAGCUCUGCAAACGCAUCCUUUAAAAGGCUCAUGAAGGAAGCUCUUCGGGAGGCUGUGUUUGUCUCUUCUGAUGCAAGCCUAAAAAAUCUCUGUCAGAUGUCCCAGGCCCUACUGGAUGAGGAGCUCUUCAGGUUCCUGCAGGCCCAUUGGUUUUCCUGUGAACUGCUGUGGUACAUGCAUGUGAGAAAGGGUCUGCAUGCGUGUAACACAUACAUGGACAGCUUGGACAUAGUCACCAGUAAAGUGUCAGGCCUCUUUCGGGAGCAGCAAUCCCUACUGGACUGCAUCCUUCACUUUGUGGAUUACAUAGACUUCUUUAAUACCAAAGGUCUUAAGAGCUUGCCCAAAAAUUCCCCCAAGUUAAAAAGAACUCAGCUCCCAAGCAUGCCACCAAGGCCCAAGAAGCCUUUUAGAACUUGUAGAGGGAAUGUCACCAGGCUCCCUGUGGAAGAGACCAAGUCAGACUCACAGGAGUCUCAACUGUUACAGCCCCAGGAUCAGUCCUGCAAGAGUGGCAUGCUAGACAUUUUGCACCAAAGUGGUUCUGAACUAGCCUACAAAUUGUGCCAUAAUGAGUGGGAGGUGGUACAGAAUUCCACCCACCUGGUGGACGUGGCUGGUUCCUCGGUCGCUGUUAAACUACUAGAAGACUCACACCAGGUGAGCAAAGAUGGCUGUAGCUGCAGCUGUUCCUUUCAGCAAUGCUACCAUCUGCCAUGCCGCCACAUUUUGGCCCUAUUGCAUACCAGCCAGCAGCCAGUAGGAGAAGCCAUGGUGUGCUGCCGGUGGCAGAAGAAGUACCAGCACCUCCUUGGACCCAAUGGGGAGCUUCAGGACCGUGGAAUAAUCCCGAACUCAGAUCAGCCUGAAAAGCAAGGUCAGAACCACAUGAUCCAGGACCUAAGCAGGGAGCUGGCAAACCUGCUCAUGCAGACUGAGGGGCCAGAGCUGGAGGAGCGCUGCUCCACCCUGCGCAAAAUCGUGGACAUCUGGGCCGACCCCUUACAGCUACCUGAGUCCAGUCAGCAGCCAGUUGACUUCAAUGAUGUGGGGUGCCUCCCUUUCCUCUGGGGACAGCUAGAGGAAGGGGACAGCUUUCCUCUUGCUGAAGCCAUGGCUCAUGAGUGAAGUGUUUGUACUAGUGCACUGUGUCUCAAAACCUUGGAAGUUUCAAAGUGGGUGGGUCACGCUGUAGGUCAGUAUUUUAAUCAAUGUCUUCCUAGGUAAGGGCUAAGAAGAUCUCAAAAGUGAGGGGAUUGGGACCCCACUGUGUGACAUCCUUUGAGCCUGCCCGUUUUCAGCCCUUCAUUUGGCGUUCUAUAGACAGCUCAUUCAUUGUUCAAAGCCAAAGUUAUUCCAUACUGAAAGGUCAUGCCCCUUUCUUCCGCAGCCCGAGAGGUCAAAUUGCAUCGACCCCACAGAGAUGAACCCUUGCCCAGGAUAGGAUAAAACAGAGUGGGUCUGGAAAGAAACUGAGGGGAGGAGGCUGGCCCUUGACUGUCGCUGCUGUUUAGAAAAUACCUGUUAAGUAUUUUUAUUCACAUUAAUAAAACGGUUUUUGUUUUUGUUUCA